AUGUUCGAAAAUCUUUGCACCUUACCUCUAAGCGCCGAUCUCUUCUCCCAGGCCCUGCACCCGACUGAACCUCUCCUGGGAGUCGGCCUCUCGACCGGACAUGUCCAAUGUUUUCGCCUACCUUCUGCCGACCGAUCGACCGAGGACGAUGCUGACGUGAGUGUCCUGUCAGACGGUAAAGGUACCAUCGAGACCGUAUGGAGGACCAAAAGGCACAAGGGUAGCUGCCGUACACUGGCAUUCAGUAACGAUGGCUCAGCUCUAUACUCAGCUGGUACUGAUUACCUACUCAAACACUUUUCUCCCGUGACCGGCCAGGUAGCUUCCAAGAUCGCUAUCCCAUCUACCAAAUCGGUCCCGGACUCACCCUCUCUACUACACGUUCUCUCGCCCCAAACGCUCCUACUUGCAUGCGACUCGGGCGCCCUCCACCUUCUCGAUCUAAGAGACGGCGCGCUUGCGGCGUCGAAGCCGCAACAGACGCAUUUCCCUCACGAUGACUUUGUAUCGAGUAUCACCGCGCUUCCCCCGUCCGCCGAAAGCACGAGCGGCUACAGCAAGCAAUGGAUUUCUACCGGCGGGACGACACUAGCCGUCACCGACCUGCGAAGAGGCGUUCUGGUACGUAGCGACGACCAGGAGGAUGAGCUUCUAUGUACGGCCUUCAUUCCGGGCAUGGGACCUAAGAAAAAUCGCGAUAACGGUGUCGUAGCAGUGGGAACUGGCACCGGAGUUCUUACUCUAUGGGACAAAGGAGCUUGGGACGACCAGCAGGAUCGUAUCGUUGUCGAUCCCGUAAAGGGAGGUGGCGAGAGUCUCGACUGCAUCGUGCAGAUUCCCGAGUAUGUAGCGAGAGGAAAGAAGGUGGCCGUCGGCGUAGGAGAUGGUAGCUUGCGCAUCGUCGACUUGGCAAAAAGAGAGGUCGAGACUCACUUGCGCCACGACGACAUCGAGGCGGUUGUCGGUCUAGGGUUUGACUGCCAAGGCCGUAUGAUUAGUGGCGGAGGACAAACGAUCAAAGUUUGGCAGGAAUCGUCUUCGCUGAGGCUUAACGUCGAUGACAGCGACGAGAGUAGUGAUGCGGACGAAUCAGACGACGACGACGACAACGACAUGGAUGAGAGCACAGUAACCGGAAACGGGGCUAAGCGCCAUGCAAACGGAGACUCGGAUGAUAGCGACUCAGAUAGCGACGAUGAAGGACCGAAACGAAGUAAAAAGAAGCGGAAGGGAAAGGUGAACGUCGACCUCGGACCUCACGGAGCCCACGGGAUUUUGCGAUUCAAGGGUUUAGAUUAG